UCAUGUUUGGUGCUGGCUUCACAGUACUCUUCUGUGUAUUCCUGAGAGAAGGAUUGUUCAGAUGUAUCCCGUGCUGCUUAUCUGUGUUUACUUGAAUUUGUUUUAUGGAUCAACAAAAUCAGAUGAGAACAAUUGUGGUUUGUCCAGGCAAGUGCUGAAGCAUGCAUUUGUUUCAAUGAAUAUCAAGAAAAGUGGAUUUCACAGGGAGUUGGUCACCACUGUUGAGUUUAGUCCUGAGGCACCAAAUAGACUCAGAAUAUUGCUGUCCUACAGAUUCCCCAGUGGACUCUACAUUGAUCCAUACCAACUUGCACCUCAGAAAGAAGACCAAGAUGUACAGGUGCUGCUGAAUUCAGCAAUUGAUGUAGAAACUCCUGCUCACAUGUCUGCGGGAUUCACUGCACUUGUGUAUAUGUCUCUGGUUGGCAAGAAGCUCAAAUUCCCCAUCCUGAUCCAUGGGCGCUAUCACAAGCCCUCUCUUACUGAGGAGAAUUUUCAGUUUGUCCAAAUUGAACUUCCAAAGCUAAUGUUCAAAGCUGACAAUUGUAUACCAGUCCAUCUUCUUCCACCUCACAACAUUGUGGAUGCACCAUGCACAGCUGUCAAUAUAAGCAUGUGCCAGUGGCUCAACAUUCAGAAUCUGCAGGAGCACAGACAUGUAACUCUGGAGAUGCCACUUGGGGAUGAGUCUGUGGUGAACUCUGUGUGUGCAGGAACUCUGCUUGUCACACUGCUAUGUUGUGUAGUUCUUUCAAGAAGAAUUUUGAAGAAUGGUCAAUGUUAGUGAUUGUUAAUGUCUAUUGGAAAAUAAAAUAAUACUCCAUUAAGCCAUGGGAUGUUGGGAAAUAGCAAAACUGUACAUGUAUAAUAUUUUGUUUUGUUGAACUUUGAACUGCACUUUUUAGAGUUGUUUGUAAUUUUCUUGUUCUGUAACAUACUGUUCAAAAUGUAUUGAUCCAUUUGUUUUGGCAUGAUUGUAUUCCUUAAUUUUGAAUGCAUUUACAGCAUGCUACAGUGUAAUAGGUUCUGAGACAAACAGGCAUUUAUUUCAAAUGCAUCAGAAUUUUUGUGGGUUAUAGAGAGGUGACAUAUUUACAGACACUAGAGAAUACAGAGCCAGAUAGAUUGACAGAGCUAGAUAUAAAUAGAUAGACAGAAAUAGAUAGAUUGACAUAGUGUGAGAGAUAUUGUCAGAGUGUGAGGCUAUUGGAUCAUGAGACAAAAAUGUACCCAAAUCUAUUCCGACUAUGUGAAAUCUACCUACAUAUGCCAGCAACAUCAGUGCCAUGCGAAAGUGUAAGCCCUGUAGAGAAAAUACAUUUUUUAAAUAAAAAAUCUUUGAACCAUC